AUGGCAGUUACACCAUCGCCUAACGAGACAUGCGAGCAGGAGGAUAUCGGACCGCAACGAAAUACUCUCUUGACCGACAAUGCUAGUCCAGCAUCGGUGGAAGGUACCGAAUUCAGUUUUCCUGCCGUAGAGACAUUUCCACUCAGCGGAUAUCCAACAUCGGACGAAAGACGCAAUCUAGAUGGUCCCUGUUCUUGGAACAUGAGCAGUUCGCUUCCCAGGGACUGCGAACAAGGUAGACUAGGCGUCUUACCCUGCCCAGACUGGAGUGCACAACACUGCCAUCCACCACUAGGGCCGGUCGUGCCCCAUCUGCCUCCAGAGUGUUUCGGCCAUAUGCCUCACGUAUUUGGAGCCUACUCCAGCUCGGGCCUUCACUGUUGCAGCAUCCUUCAAGGAUGCAAUGCUCAAGCCCAAUGCGGAUGCAGUGUGUGGGUUUAUGAAUCCCCGUCGGUUACUCAAAGCUCGCUUGAUAACGACUGCACCAUGUCUGGUGCUUCGAGGAAUACGCACGAGCUGACUCAUGAUGGGAUUCCCCACAAACCGUUUGCUUGCACUUUUACAGGCUGUCGUAGCCGCUUCAAACGCCGGAAAGCCCUCGAGCGACACUCUAUGGUUCAUCUCGGAGUAAAGCCCUAUGCCUGCUGGGUACCUUAUUGCUAUCGAAAGUUUCAGCGACGUGACAAUCUGAACGCCCACUACUUGACACACGGAAAACGUGGGGGGCCGGAAUUUUUACGUGGCCACUCUGGAUCCAGCGAGUCCUGUGUUCGACACUGGCUAUCGUGGUCGAAUCACCCCAGAGGGGUGGCCAUUGGAUAUUCGGUGGCCAUAUCCUGUUCCGAAUUGACUACGCACUUUCAACCCAAAUAUGCAGCGGGAAAUUCAUUUCGACUGGUUGGAGAUUUCCCAUUCAGUGACGAAUCGGUCACCCAACAAAAAUGUGGCCAAGAGGGACGUUAG